AUGAAUUGGGUAAGGAAUGUAGACAUCCGCUGGAUAGUUUAUUCAAGCAGGAUGGCGGCGCCUCUGGCUCGAAUUUUCACUGUGGAACCUCCGUUAAGUAAUGACUCCUCAAUCCAAAGAUGCCGCAUCCCGGGUAAUACUUGCCGUGCAAUAGGUGCUGACUUGGGCAUGUUUGUUCGAGUUACAACGCCUAACAUCUGUGCCAUUUGCAGUGUUUGGCCCUGCUCCGAUUUAGAUGAUAGUGUUGUGCAGUUUAGCAAUCUCGUCACACAAGAUGUAUACAACAAUGACCACAUGGUUGAUGGGCGACUACAAAUUGAACUGCUAUCAUCAUUCAACGCCAGAGCAGUCGAGCUUAGCAUUGUUACCCCAGAUAUUGACCUCCGCCAGCAUCUGAAAGCUCUCCUUUCAAGUGGGGAUAAACUUGAAGGAUGUUGUCGGAACUGCCUGCAAUUUAUUGGAGUCGGGGUCAACGUAAAGGUUAACAUGAAGCAGAUCAAGAGGUCAGAUGUAUUAAAAUUGUCCUCGAUGAUUGUACAUAUUACCAAGCCAGAAAUAUAUGACGUUGUCAUCGUGAACAGUGGUACGAAAAUCAAAGUGCGUGAUGUUAUCACAGAAGAUCGGUACUGGCAGCGUUUACGGCAUCCAAAGAAAUGCCUUGGCGGGCUGGAAGAUACGGUUCAAACGCUAAAAGAUUUUCUGGAACUAUCCUCGUUAAGAUCCCAAACCUCCUUUCAGAAUCUCGCUAUUCCUCGGGGCAUACUUUUGCGUGGACCCCCAGGGUGUGGUAAGACUACCCUAGUUGAAUAUGUCGCUGGGGAAUGCGAUGUUGAGCUCAUCAGGAUUCGUGGACCAGAACUGACGUCAUCAGAUGUUGCUGCUACGAACAGGCCUUCAGCUGUUGACCCCAGCCUUCGACAGGGUGGACGACUUGAUCGUGAGGUCUUUAUAAGUAUGCCAACAUAUCUACAGAGGUUCAGUAUUUUAUCAGUCUAUGCUCAGCAGAUGCCAGUUUCUCAGGAUGUACACCUUCCAGAAUUGGCAGAAGUUACCACUGGAUACUCAGGUGCAGAUCUUCAAGCUCUCUGCAAGCAAGCUGCACAUGCUGCAGUUAUUGAGCGAUCACAACGCAUGUCAGAACCAGUUCCUGUGCGGAGGGAGCAUUUCCUGAAUUGUCUGAGAAGGAUUGCACCAUCCCUGACCAGAGGAGUAGAUGGUUUUAUGGAGGUGAGAGGCAUCACAUGGGAUGACAUUGGAGGCUUAGCGGCCACUAAAAUGAAGAUUCAGCAGGCAGUUGAAUGGCCAAUUAAACGUAGUGCACAAUUCAAGAAAUUUGGCAUACCUUGUCCUCGGGGUGUACUGCUGUAUGGUCCUCCUGGUUGCUGUAAGACGACCCUUGUCAAAGCUGUUGCAGCCGCUACAAAUACAGUAUUCAUAGCUGUCAGUGGGGCACACCUUUACUCUCCUUACCUUGGACACAGUGAAAAUCUCCUCACAGAGUUAUUUACACGUGCUCGUGCUUGUGCUCCCUCAAUCCUGUUUUUAGAUGAAGUUGAUGCCAGCAUUGGCAAACGGUCAGAAAGCUCUGUUGGUAAUAGUUCUGUAAGGGACAGGUUAUUGUCUACUCUGCUUAACCAGAUGGAUGGUAUUGGAAUCAAGCUGGAUAAUAAAAUGGAUGCCCCAACCAGUGACCAUCCAGCCAAGCUCCUUGAAGGAGAAACAUGCAACAACCAAACAGAGAUGCCUGCAGCAAGAAAUGCUCGAGAAAAUUAUAAUCCCAGUGCCCACCAAGUGAUUGUUGUUGCUGCUACCAACAGACCAGACCUGCUGGACGAAGCCUUGCUCAGGCCUGGACGUUUUGAUAGACUCAUAUAUGUUCCUCCACCAGAUGAAGCUUCUCGCCUGGCAAUUCUGCAAGUGUAUACAAAGAAAAUGCCUGUGAUGGAUGUUGACUUGACUGCUCUCGCCAAGCAAAUGGUUUUCUUCAGUGGAGCUGAUAUUUACAAUGUUUGUCAAGAGGCGGCUUUACAUGCCCUCACUCUCGAGGGGAUGCUGACCCAGACAGUUACCACACAGCACUUCCAACAUGUUCUGGCCAAAUACACUCCUUCCUUGACCAAAGAUAUCAUCGAGAAAUACGAGAAAAUCUAUGCAAGAUUUCAUUGCUCUUCUCUCACCGUUUCAGUGCGUCAGGCAACCGUAUCCUCAUUCUCGACCGUUUCUGUGCUUGAAGCAAACGUAUCCUCAUUCUCGGCCGUUUCUGUGCUUGAAGCAACCAUAUACUCAUUCUCUACCUUUUCCGUGUUUGAAGCAACCGUAUCCUCAUUCUCGGCCUUUUUCGUGCUUGAAGCAAACAUAUCCUCAUUCUCGGCGUUUUCCGUAUUUGAAGAAACCAUAUCCUCAUUAUCAGCCUCUUCCGUGUUGGAAGCGACCGUAUCCUCAUUUUCGGCCUUUUCAUUGCGUCAAGAAAGCAUAUCCCCAUUCACGGCCUUUUCCGUGUUUGAAGCAAUCGUAUCAUCAUUCUCGGCCAUUUUAGUGCGUCAAGGAAACAUAUCCACAUUCUCGGACUUUUCCUUCUUUGAAGCAACCAUAUCAUCAUUCUCGACCUUUUCCGUGCGUGAAGCAACCAUAUCAUCAUCCUCAGCCUUUUCGGUUUUUGAAGGAACCGUAUGCACAUUCUGGGACUUCUUCGCAGUUGAAGCAACCAUGUCAUCAUUCUCGGCCUUUUCUGUGCUUGAAGCAACUGUAUCCUCAUUCUCUGCCUUUUCCAUGUUUGAAGCAACCGUAUCCACAUUCUCGGACUUUCCGUGUUUGAAGCAACCAUAUCUUCAUUCUCUGCCUUUUCCGUGUUUGAAGCAACCAUAUUCACAUUCUCGGAAUUUUCCGUGUUUGAAGCAACCGUAUCCCCAUUCUCUGACAUUUCCGUGUCUGAAGCAACCAUAUCCACAUUCUCGGACUUUUCCGUGUUUGAAGCAACCGUAUCCUCAUUCUCAGCCCUUUUCGUGUUUGAAGCAACCAUAUCCACAUUCUCGGACGUUUCCGUGUUUAAAGCAACCAUAUCCUCAUUCUCUGCCUUUUCCGUGUUUGAAGCAACCAUAUUCUCAUUCUCAGACUUUUCCGUGUUUGAAGCAGCAUAUAUCCUCAUUAUCUGCCUUUUCCGUGUUUGAAGCAACCGUAUCCACAUUCUCGGCCUUGUUCGUGUUUGAAGCAACCAUAUCAUCAUCCUCAGCCUUUUCGGUUUUUGAAGGAACCGUAUGCACAUUCUGGGACUUCUUCGCAGUUGAAGCAACCAUAUCCUCAUUCUCUGCCUUUUCCAUGUUUGAAGCAACCAUAUCCACCUUUUCGGACUUUUCCUUCUUUGAAGCAACCAUGUCAUCAUUCUCGGCCUUUUCUGUGCUUGAAGCAACUGUAUCCUCAUUCUCUGCCUUUUCCGUGUUUGAAGCAACCGUAUCCACAUUCUCGGACUUUCCGUGUUUGAAGCAACCAUAUCUUCAUUCUCUGCCUUUUCCGUGUUUGAAGCAACCAUAUUCACAUUCUCGGAAUUUUCCGUGUUUGAAGCAACUGUAUCCUCAUUCUCUGACAUUUCCGUGUCUGAAGCAACCAUAUCCACAUUCUCGGACGUUUCCGUGUUUGAAGCAACCGUAUCCUCAUUCUCGUCCUUUUUCGUGUUUGAAGCAACCAUAUCCUCAUUCUCAGCCUUUUCCGUUUUCGAAGGAACCGUAUCCACAUUCUAGGCCUUCUUCGGGCUUGAAGCAACUGCAUUCUCAUUCCCGGCCCUUUUCGUAUUUGAAGCAACCAUAUUCUCAUUCUAAGACUUUUCCGUCCUUUUCCGUGUUUGAAGGAACCGAAUGCACAUUCUGGGCCUUCUUCGCGCUUGAAGCAACUGUAUUUUCAUUCUCGGCCCUUUUCGUGCUUGAAGCAACUAUAUCCACAUUCUCGGACUUUUCCGCGUUUGAAGCAACCAUAUCCUCAUUCUCAGCCUUUUUCUUGUUUGAUGUAACCAUAUCCUCAUUCUCAGCCUUUUUCGUGCUUGAAGCAACCAUAUCCACAUUCUCGGACUUUUCCGCGUUUGAAGCAACCAUAUCCUCAUUCUCAGCCUUUUUCUUGUUUGAUGUAACCAUAUCCUCAUUCUCAGCCUUUUCCGUGUUUGAAGCAACCAUAUCCCCAUUCUCGGUCUUUUCCCUGUUAGAAGCAACCGUAUCCACAUUCUAUGCAUUUUCAGUGCGUCAAGCAACCCUAUCCUCAUUCUAG